GUCAUUUUCUCUGUAGUAAACCUAGAUACUUUCUUCCAUACCUGGAAAUGUUAAAGGCCCUGGAUUGGGUUGAAGCCUGGUGGGGAAAACCUGUGGUUGGGGCACAGAGGGGUCAGGGUACUCUGUGAUUUUCGGCCAGAACACGAAAGUGGGGCCAUGGGGGACCCAUGUGAUGUAUGUCUUGGUGUGCUAGAGAAAUCAGCUCAAAGCUACCCACAUGGAUGCAGAAGGAAAGAUAGCAGAUUUAUUGCCCCCGAAGCCUGGCAGGCUGUGUGCACAUAGGCGCUCUGUGAGAGAGUGCAGAGUUUGGGCAGCAUUUCCUAGGUGUCUUGACAGGGAGGUAGAAGGAGGAACAGUCAGAACUGCUCAUCUCUCCCAAAGAAAUGAGAGGCAGCUUGUGCUGGUUUGCACACAGUGAGAGGCCUUUGAGUUAGGUUUGGAGGUCUAAUGACAUUCUAGGGGCCAUCAGACCAUGACUGUGUCUUGUAAAAUCUGGACACUGGGCUAUCUCAUUCCAGACCAAACAGAGGCAUCCUAAGCGGGAGAGGGGCACCUGCCUUCCCUUUAUGAAGCAAUGGAAAUGUUGUUUUAUUUACUCUUAUGAGCGGGGAUAUGGGAGGUUCUAGGAGUGCUGGGGCUCUGAGCCUUGCUGGAAGACUCUUUCCAAGGGAUGUGAGGUUUACUCAGGAGAACAGGGAGGAGCAGAAGAGGGAGGACCAAGGUCUGAGGAGUUGGAGGGAGGACUAGGAGGAAAGUGAGUUUUGGGAGUCUGAGUCCAGGUGGAGGUGGGAUAUGGGGGCAGGGACAGGAGGUGGAGAGUUGUUUUGGGGAUUGUGUGAUUCAGUGCAUGCUAUGGUCCCUUCCUGGUAAGCCCCAUUGUGACUUGUGUGAUCACGGUAUGCAAUUGUUUAUUGGGUUUUUUUUAAUACUAGAGAAUCAGAAUGUCUGGAGAAGUUACAGUUGGAGAGAAAGAAUCACGUCCAGUUCCAUCCAGAGAUGACCGGGGUUUUUUUUGCUUUGUUUUUGUUGUUGUUGUUGGUUUUUUUUUGAGACCGCGUCUUAUUCUGUCACCCAGGCUGGAGUGCAAUGGCACGAUCUUGGCUCACUGCAACCUCCGCCUCCCAGGUUCAAGUGAUUCUCCUGCCUUAGCCUCCUGAGUAGCAAGGAUUACAGGCGUGCACCACCACGCCCAGCUAAUUUUUGUAUUUUUAGUAGAGACGUGGUUUCACCAUGUUCGUCAGGCUGGUCUCAAACUCCUGACCUCGUGAUCUGCCUGACUCGGUCUCCCAAAGUGCUGGGAUUACAGGCGUGAGCCACCACGCCCAGCCGAGAUGACUGUUUAUUAUUUCCUGGUGUAGAGCCGGCUUUUCUACGUUCCUUCACACAUUCAUUCAUUCAUUCAUUCAUUCUCUCUCUCUGCUCUUCUCUCCCCCCAGUCCUUGCCUAUACGUUCACGCACAUGUAUGCACACACACUCACACAUACACAGAGUCUCUUUCUCCAUCGUGUAUAAUAUACGUAUGUAAACUUUUGCUGCUUUUAGCCUUUUGUUUUUUACUUAACAAUAUGCUGUAACGUCUUGCCACAUGUUGACCUCAAUAUUGACAAUUAAUUGACCUUAAUUGACCUUGCCACAUAUUGUUCCUUAAUUGCUAGUAGUCAUUUGAUUUUGGUUGUGGUGCAUGCAGAUCAUGGGAGGCCAAUGGGGAAGAUGUGGGGAGCAAAGUGUUUAUAAUUGUCUCAAGAUCUUGGAAUGUGGUUCCGAGUUUGCCUCAUGGGGAAACUGAAAUUCAGGUGGGCAUUGCCUGGAAGGAGUUCAUGCAGCUCCGUGGUAGAGCCUGUUUCCUAAGAAAGUAGCAUUUGGGCUAGCAGGUCCACAGCUCCCUGAGAUCACUGAGCGCCUAGGACUUGGUGGGAGAUGGAGCUCUCGUUCUCGAGAUGGAACUCUGUGGUUUAGUUCCCUGGUCUGCAGGGUGCCCCCUUGGGUCAGUGUCACCGCUGUAUACACAGGAGGCUUGGAGUGUUAUCAGCUCUCAUGGGACUGGAACACAGGCUUGUGUCACCCAGAGCCCGCUAAUCAGCCCUGGCAUCGCUUGGGAAUGGCAAGAAAUCCACAUUCUUGGGCCCCACACAGUACUCCAUUAGAAUGGUUUUUUUGUUUUUGUUUUAAAACGGGGUCUUCCUCUGUCACUCAGGCUGGAAUGCAAUAGCGCUGUCUUGGCUCACUGCAACCUCUGCCUUCUGGGCUGAAGUGAUCCUCCCACCUCAGCCUCCCAGAGUGCUGAGAUAACAGGUGUGAGAUUACAGUGGCUCACACUGUGCCUGGCCAGGACAGGUUUUAAGUCAGCACUUUGGAGAAAAUGCAGUACGCUUUUUGCCGAAUAUGUGCUCCUCUCUCACUGUGUUGCGUGCAAACAGUCCCAGUGAGCAUGUCUGCACUUUGUGGCUAGAGCUGGGAACCUCUGAGGGAGUGGAAAGAGGGUCUGGGGAGCAGGGGAGGGGAGCCUGGAAGGAUUGGCCACACCCUACCGCCCCUGUGGGCACACACAGCCACCACUGUUCUCACUUAGCUUCUUGGUUGCGAGGUAGUGGAAGGUGUGCAAGAUGUUUGUUCUGUGACUGUGGAAAUUAACUAAAAAUAAGUUGUUUACUGGAUACUGAGCCUCACUCAGGGGACCCUUGAGUGAUGGAAAUGCUGAAAGAGACCCAUUGUACAGAUCAUCCUGCGUGCUGAGCUGUCCCUGUGCUGCAGACUUCCUCCCCAAGAGCGUCACUUGUGUGGGUUGGCUGCAGACACCCUUGGGCUCCUGGCCAUGACCUCCCUCGAGGAUUCAGCUGUGUGUUCUCAGGGUCAGCGCGGGUCCCCAGGCCCACACCUGCACUGGAGGAGGCAGGUUGCAGAUUGCAACAGGCAGGGACACCGUGAGGGCUCCAGGACCUGGACUGAUUGCAGAACUAUGUGAUACAGGAGGGCAUAGGCACAGCCCUGUUUCCAUGUGGUGUGGUUGUGGUCAACUCAACACAAAUUCAUUGGGUGCCCAUGGUGUGUAGCGGGCCUUGCGGUCCUCCCAUGACAGUGCCUUCUCUAGUGCGACAGUCAUGAAAGCACCAACUCUCUGGAGUUUUGCUUGGGCCAUGGUUGGUGACAGUGCCUUAGGAAGGCGAGGAAGCCCUCUGAUCAGAGACCUGAGGAGUGGAGCCACCAAUCAGACUCCCUGGCGUGGAAAGGCUGCUGGGAGCAGAGGGCAGGGGAAGGCCAGGGCAGGGAGGCCGCGGGUCCUGCAGAGUCCAUGAGGCUGCGGUAAGGAACUUGGAUCUCAUUCCAAGUACACAGGGAAGGGCUUUGGGCAGAGAAGUGACAUAUUCUAAUUCUGUUCAAUGACUAUCUCAUUGACUGCUGGAGGGGGAAUGGGUGAUAGGGACAGGAUGAGGUCAGGAGGUUGCCUGAGAGGUUGUCCAGGUGUGGAGGGAGGGAGGACUGCCUUGGAUGGUGGAACUGUGGAAAGUAACUAAAAGUAGAUUGUUUCCUGGAGAUUGAGUCUCACUCAGGGGGCACAAGUAUGAUGGAAAGACUGAGAGAGACCCAUUGUACAGAUUGCAGUGUGUGAUGAGUGAGUCCCUGUGACUACAACUCCUUCCCCAAGUGUGUUGCUUGUGCUGAUUGGCCCAGACAAUGCCUGUGCCAGGUCAGUGGUGUGGUCUUGGGGUGGAGGGCGGGGACCAGCUGCCAGGACAUGCUCAUGGCAUGUUUCUGGGAGGGGAGGAAGAGAGGAGUCAGAAGUCCUGGGCCCGUGGUGCCUUUACUGAGAGAGGAACUGACUCUGGUGCUGCUACACUGGGGUGUCCAUUAGGGGUGGGAGGAGAUGCCCAGCAGGUGAUAGGGGAGGAGCUGAAGGAGGGGCUGUGAAGUUGGGGUGCCCGUUAGGGGUGGGGGCAGAUGCCCAGCGGGUGACGGGAGGGGCUGUGAAGUUGGGGUGCCUGUUAGGGUCAGGGACAGAUGCCCAGCGGGUGAUAGGGGAGGGCCUGUGAAGUUGGGUUGCCCGUUAGGGAUGGGGGCAGAUGCCCAGCAGGUGAUAGGGGAGGAGCUGGUGGAAGGACUGUGAAGUUCAGGUGCCUGUUAGGGGUGGGGGCAGAUCAGCAAGUGAUCAGAUGUCCAAGUUUGAAGCGUGAGGGAGUCUGGCUGGAGUGGGUGUUUGGGAGGCAGCGGCUUGGGGGUGAUGUUGAGUUUCUGGCCUGUGUUGUCUCACCUGGAAAAAGAGGGUGCAAGGAGGAGAGGUUGUGCCCUGUGCAGUCAGGUGCAUGAGGGGGCUAUGGCCAAGGAGAGUGGACGCAGGCGCUCAUGGAAGUGGGGCUGGAGACCUGGAGAGGGUAGUGGCCAGGGAGCCAGGGUGCAGUGACUCUCAGCAAGGCCCCUCGGCUCAUGGGCCAGGUCCACUACCACAUUUUUGUAAGUGAGGUCCCGUGGGGCAGCACACCCCAUGUUGGUGUCUUGUGUGUGGCCACUUUCAUUCCACCCCAGCAGAGCUUUGUAGUUGUGACAGAGACUGUGCGUGGUCCUUCACGGAGAGUGUAGUGCCUGGCAUGGGAGGGCCAGAGAGGUCUCGGGGCUGAGAGAGAGAGGGUGGGAUCAGGGCCCUGGGAGGAGGGUCUGGCCUUGGAGGUGAAAAGGGACCACGUUCUCCUGUGGCCUCUGUGUGGGGCCAGGCGUGUCAUCGGGUAGGGGAAUGGCUGGCCGGCAUGGGGGCCAUAUCCAAGAUUGGGCUGCUUCUGAUGUUCCAUGGGGUGUCCUCGCUUCCGUCCUUGCACUGCAUCUCCGUUGACUAAGGUUUAAUGGGAAAGAAGCCCUGGAAACCUGCAGUUGGAAAAGGGUGGCUACAAGUUUCUCUUCUGGCUUCUUCCUGGGUUGUUGUUAAACUUGAAUACUUUCCUUAUAUUUAUUGUUUAAAAUGUGAUAACGAGAAGAGCCUUGGUUGUUCAUGUCCUAAUUUUUUGGUCUUUUUUCCCUUCUUUCUUUUCUUUUUUUAAAGAGAUGGAAUUUCACUCUGUUGCCCAGGCUGGAGUGCAGUGGUACAGUCAUGACUCACUGCAGCCUGGACCCUCCAGGCUCAAGUGAUCCUCCUAUCUCAGCCUCCUGAGUAGCUGGGACCACAGGUGCACACCAGCAUGCCCAGCUUUCCUUUUGAAUUUGAAACAUUUUAGAGCUGGUGACCUUAGGUCUUAGUUAUUUUAACAGUAGGUAAAAAGGUCCAGAAGGUGAGGUGAUGUUUCCAGAGCUGUAAACUGUGCUGCAACACCAGUAACAGGACUUCUCCGGGGAGAUUGUGCAUAAUUUCCCUCCACACUCCUGGAAUACCUCCCAACCAUGCCUGCUUAGCAAAGAGGCAGAAGAGGCCUGGACCUUGGUGCAGACAGACCCAGGAACAGAUGAGCAGGGACGUCUGCAUCCACACCUGGCCGUGCACCUACUACCUGGAGCCCAAGAGGCGAUGGGUUACUGGACAACUGUCCUUAACGUCGCUGUCGCUCAGGUUCAUGACUGACAGCACUGGAGAGAUUCUGGUCAGCUUCCCCCUCUCCAGCAUAGUUGAGAUCAAGAAGGAGGCUUCGCAUUUUAUCUUCAGCUCCAUCACCAUCCUGGAGAAGGGCCAUGCCAAGCACUGGUUCAGCUCCCUGCGGCCAAGUCGAAAUGUGGUCUUCAGCAUCAUCGAGCAUUUCUGGAGGGAGCUGCUGCUGUCUCAGCCUGGAGCCGUGGCAGACGCAUCUGUCCCAAGGACCCGGGGCGAAGAGCUGACGGGACUCAUGGCCGGAUCCCAGAAACGCCUGGAGGACACAGCGAGGGUCCUGCACCACCAGGGCCAGCAGCUGGACAGCGUCAUGAGAGGCCUGGACAAGAUGGAGUCAGACUUGGAGGUGGCGGACAGAUUGCUGACAGAACUGGAAUCUCCUGCUUGGUGGCCCUUUAGCUCCAAGCUUUGGAAGACACCACUGGAAACAAAGCCCAGGGAAGAUGUCUCCAUGACCAGUUGUGAACCCUUUGGGAAAGAAGGGAUACUGAUAAAAAUUCCUGCCAUUAUUUCCCACAGAACAGAGUCUCACGUUAAACCAGGGAGGCUCACCGUCCUUGUGUCUGGGUUGGAAAUACAUGACUCCAGUUCUUUGCUCAUGCACAGAUUUGAAAGAGAAGACGUGGAUGACAUCAAGGUCCACUCACCUUAUGAAAUUAGCAUCCGCCAGCGGUUUAUUGGAAAGCCAGACAUGGCCUAUCGUUUGAUAUCUGCCAAGAUGCCAGAGGUUAUCCCCAUUUUAGAAGUGCAGUUCAGCAAGAAGAUGGAGCUGUUAGAAGAUGCAUUGGUGCUCAAAAGCGCAAGAACCUCUUCCCCCGCAGAGAAGAGCUGCUCAGUCUGGCAUGCAGCAUCUGGGCUGAUGGGCUGUACCCUGCACCGUGAGCCACCCUCCGGAGACCAGGAAGGCAUGGCACUGCACCUGCAGACAAGCCUGCCAGCCCUUUCCGAGGCGGAUACCCAGGAACUAACCCAGAUCCUGAGGAGGAUGAAGGGGCUGGCCCUGGAGGCCGAGAGCGAGCUGGAGAGACAAGACGAAGCCCUGGAUGGCGUCGCAGCGGCUGUGGACAGGGCAACCUUGACCAUCGACAAGCACAACAGGCGGAUGAAGAGGCUGACCUAGGGGCAGAGCAUCCCUGCAUUCCUGUCUCGCCCUGCACAUCCCCCUGAGAUGGAGGGCUGGGAGGCAGUGCCAGGGCUGCAGAGGCCUAUGGCCCUCUGGGGUGGUCUUCCUCUGGGUGGGGCUGCUACUGUGGGGCCGCCUCCACACUAGGGGCCUCCCCAGGUGUUCACCAUGCCUGCCCCCAACUCGGCUGUCCCUGUUGCUGGGCAGGACCCAGCCACAUGUUCUGCAGAUGCCACAGAAGUGUGGACCAUGGCGGGACCCCAAGGACACUUGGCACAGGCCUGGAAGAGGCCGCCCUCGUCUUGUCUCGGCUCCCUUUCAUGGACAGACCGGCAUUCUUAGCUGUACUAUGAAUCUGUGAGUGAAGUUAGAGCCCAGCUCACUGAACCAGCUCACUUUGAGGGCAUCCUAUAAACACCCAGCUAUUCUUUUAUCGUCUCGGUUUUAGCCAAAAGUGAAAUUAGCAUGACUGCACCUUUCAAACAAAAAUAUUGAUUUCUGCUUUUAUGGCCCCAUUUCCAUCCAGAAAUAAAGGGAAAUGCUGGCUUUA